CUUCCUGAUUCGAGUUUUGAACUGUUGAUCAGUCAAUCUCCCAUUACCUUCGUCUUCGUGUUCCUUCCUCAUUGCCCACACUAACUUCAAGCUCUUCAGCUUUUGAUACCCCAAUGACUGAGCCUUCUGAUGAGGCUGCUUUCAUCGAGAGACUCUAUGAAUACGGCGAGCAACUCAAUAAUGCCAAAGACAAGUCUCAGAAUGUGAAGGACUACCAGGGAAUUAUUGAUGCAGCCAAGACUAGUAAUAAGGCGAAGCAGCUGGCUGCUCAACUCAUUCCCAGGUUCUUCAAGUUCUUCCCUGACCUUUCUGGUCCUGCCCUUUAUGCCCAUCUUGAUUUGGUUGAGGAAGAAGAGCUUGGGAACUUGAUCAUCUGCUAUGAUUCUGAUCUUUUUCACUUGGUGCUCUUAGAGGAAUUUGUGGAGCGGGAUGCUGUACACAAGGCUCUUAUGUCUUUACUGAGGCAAGAUGUUAAGCUGUCUUAUGGAAUAGAUGGUCAUGCAGCUUCCUUGACAACCUUGUUCAAGCACAUUGGGAGCGUUGAAGAGCUAAGUACAGAUGAUGUUAUUCGUGAAAAAGUUAUAAACUUUGUUAGAGAUAAGGUUUUUCCUAUUAAAUCCGAACUGUUGAAGCCCCAGGAGGAAAUGGAAAGACACAUAACUGAUCUGAUAAAAAAGAGUUUAGAAGAUGUAUCUGGCACAGAAUUUCGAAUGUUUAUGGAUUUCUUGAAGAGUUUGAGCCUGUUUGGAGAAAAAGCUCCACCUGAGCGAAUGAAAGAACUGAUUGGAAUUGUUGAGGGGCAAGCUGAUUUAGAUGCACAAUUCAAUGCUUCAGAUGCUGAUCAUAUUGACAGAUUGAUAUCAUGCCUUCACAUGGCACUUCCAUUUGUUGUGAGGGGUGCAUCUAGCAGCAAAUUUCUUACCUAUGUAAACAAGUUCAUCAUUCCUGUUUUUGACCAGCUUCCUGAAGAACGAAAAGUAGAUCUACUUAAAGACCUUGCAGAAUUUUCACCUUACACUACACCACAAGAUUCACGCCAAAUUCUUCCUUCUAUUGUUCAGUUGCUAAAAAAAUACAUGUCUUGGAGGAAGACUGGAGAAGAGAUGAACUUCACUUAUGUUGAGUGCUUGUUAUACACAUUUCAUCAUCUAGCUCACAAGGUUCCUAAUGCCACAAAUAGUUUAUGUGGUUACAAGAUUGUUACUGGCCAGCCAUCUGAUAGGCUUGGAGAUGACUUUUCAGAGCAUUAUCGGGAUUUUACUGAGAGAUUAAAUAACAUUCAGGAGUUAACCCGGGCUACCGGGAGGAAGUUAAAUCAGGUUAUGGCUGUGCACAAUGAAUCAAUGGCAGCUGCUAAAACAGAUGAAGCAAAGGAAAAAAUUAAAACACAAAAGCAGAACACUACAACUGGGUUGCGCACCUGCAAUAACAUUUUGGUAAUGACAAAGCCAUUACACUCUAAGGCACCUUCUUUUAUUGGAGAUGAGAGCAUCAACCUUUCUUGGAAAGAAGCAACUAAAACUGCAUCUUCUUCAACAGAGGCAGCUGGAGCAAAACGGCCUGCUACUCCCUCUAAGGGAUCCAACAAUGUUGCAUCAAAGAAGGGCCGAGGUGUUGGUGGUGGUGGUUUACAAAAUCAACUUGUUAAUAGAUCACUGCAAGGAUUACCCAGUGGUGGGAGAAGUGGUGGUUCACGGGGUAGAGGCAGGGGCUGGGGUGGAAGAAGGAGAGGGAGAGGGAGAGGGAGAGGAUAUCGGUAUGUUCUAACAAACGAGUCACCAUCACAGCCAAUUUUCAUGUUGUUCAUCUUCAGCCACUCGAUGCUUGUAACAUUUGGCUGCAGUUGUUGAACUGUUAGCAUUGAAGAAAGGCUAGCUGUGUAGCUUGAGGUCAGAACCAUAACUAGAAGAAGCCAUGCUCCCAUCACCACACGAGAUAAGU